ACACAAGUAUUUCACUGUGUUUCAGGGUGAAGGCUGUCGUACUGUCCCGCUCUCCGGACACGUGGGAUUUGAUAGUUUGCCUGACCAGCUGGUUAAUAAGUCAGUUAAUCAUGGGUUUUGUUUCAACAUCCUGUGUGUGGGGGAAACUGGCCUUGGUAAGUCCACCCUCAUGGACACCCUUUUCAACACCAAGUUUGAAGGUGACCCAGCAUCUCACUCACAGCCUGGGGUGCAGCUGAAAUCCAGUACCUAUGACCUGCAGGAGAGCAAUGUCAACCUCAAGCUGACUAUUGUGAGCACAGUGGGCUUUGGGGAUCAGAUCAACAAAGAGGACAGCUACAAGCCCAUCGUUGAGUUCAUUGAUGCUCAGUUUGAAGCCUACUUGCAAGAAGAGCUGAAGAUAAAAAGGGUCUUGCACAACUACCAUGACACGCGGAUCCACGCGUGCUUGUACUUCAUCGCUCCCACCGGCCAUUCCCUCAAAUCCCUGGACUUGGUAACCAUGAAGAAGCUCGACAGCAAGGUGAACAUAAUUCCCAUCAUUGCCAAAUCUGAUGCCAUUUCCAAGAGCGAGCUGACCAAGUUUAAAAUUAAAAUCACAAGUGAACUGGUCAGUAAUGGGGUGCAGAUCUACCAGUUCCCAACAGACGACGAAUCGGUGGCAGAGAUAAAUGGGACAAUGAAUGCCCACUUGCCAUUUGCAGUGAUCGGGAGCACGGAGGAGCUGAAAAUAGGAAACAAAAUGAUGAAAGCUCGUCAGUACCCUUGGGGCACAGUGCAGGUGGAGAACGAAGCUCACUGUGACUUUGUGAAGCUGCGGGAGAUGCUGAUCCGCGUGAACAUGGAGGACCUGCGUGAGCAGACCCACACACGCCACUAUGAGCUCUACAGGCGGUGUAAACUGGAAGAGAUGGGUUUCAAGGACACUGAUCCAGACAGCAAACCCUUCAGCUUACAAGAAACUUAUGAAGCCAAAAGAAACGAGUUUCUGGGAGAGCUGCAGAAAAAGGAAGAGGCAAUGAGACAGAUGUUUGUCCAGAGGGUCAAGGAAAAAGAAGCUGAGUUGAAGGAGGCUGAAAAAGAGCUGCAUGAAAAGUUUGAUCGCCUGAAGAAAUUGCAUCAGGAUGAAAAGAAGAAGCUGGAGGAUAAGAAGAAGUCUCUGGAUGAUGAAGUAAAUGCAUUUAAACAAAGGAAGACAGCAGCUGAAUUGCUUCAGUCACAGGCUCAGCAGGCUGGAGGGUCGCAAACUCUUAAAAGGGAUAAGGAAAGGAAAAAUUAGCUGCUGUUUGGCUGCAUGGUGCAUGAGGCACAUUGUCCUGUUCGGGUUUCCUGUAGAACCUUUCCCUUGGCCCCAGAGGCGAAUGCCCCACCCUCGGCUGUGCCAUUGUGCCUGUUGCUCACCUUUCCCACUGCUCCCCUCCCGUGCUCCACUCGGGCUCAAACCAGAGCUCCUGGCUGCUGGGGUUGCUCUUGUGAGGGACGCUGCUGGCCAGGGGGGUUUGUGCCAGGCUCCUCCUGCCCCUAGGGCAGCAGCAGGAUGCCCACUGCUCCUGGGCCAGGGUUCCCUGUCCCACUGCUCAGCUUUCCCUGCUGCCAGAGCUGCUUGGGGGUGCAUUUAGCUCCUGCUCCGGGGUGGGUUUGCUCUCUCCAGAGCCUGGCUGCCCUCUCCCCAUGUUAAUUUGCUGUUCCUAAGCCCUCAUUACCCCCUGUGCUGCCAUGUGUGACUCAAAUAACUUUCAAGGACUUUUUGCAAAACUUGACAUCCUCACAGGCAUGGCCUGAGCCCAAACCUCUAGUUCCCAGGCUUGAGGAAAUCUCACAUUUGGAUCCAUGGUUUGCAACUAAGUGUUCUC